CUCCAGACUCUCCUUACGUUUAGGAGAACGGUAGGUUGGAAGUACGCAUAUACUACGCGACACCUUUGGGAAACAGGGAGCAUUGUCUGGUUUCGGAACCAGUUGCCCGAGUAAGUUAUUGUAACAUUCUGCAUCGGACUAAAUUGUUUUGUCGGGGCUGGAGCUUUUUUUUUAAUAUAAGCCAGAAGCGUGACGUCUGUGAAACAAACGAAGAGGAUAGGCUAGAAGUUUGCGGGUUGAAUUCGCCCACAUCACCUUCAUCUUCAAGGAAAUGUAGACGUAUCCUAAAGCAGGGUGUUUUUGGGAUAGUUAUAUGGAGUCUGAGUUAGAACUGGUAGCACUUUUCGAAGGGAUAAAGGCGGUAAACAUAGUUGAAAAACUUUCCCUUGCUCCCCGUGGAAGAACAAAGUGGUGACUGAGUUGGAUUGUUCAAUCUUUACGCACGGUCUGCGCCGACAGAUUUGUAAAGCCCAAUAUGCGCCUUUUGAGCACGUCGUGUGGAAGUAACCGCGGAGAGAACCGAGGGAGAACAUACAACUCCGGAUUGAUGCAUCUGCUCUUCCUACUCGCGGUCGUACUGUCCUGUCACGGCUGUCCGGACAAAUGUUUGUGCUUCUCACAAACUGUGAAAUGCCAAAACCAGGACUUGGACGCAAUUCCGCGCUCUUUACCGACCAAUACCAAAGUCCUGUUCGUCACAGGAAACAACAUUUCCCGCAUUAGUGUGGACUCCUUCCCAACCCGCCUGGAACUGUUAACAGAUCUCCAUCUCAGUGGGAAUGAGAUGGAGUCUGUGGAUGCAAAGGCAUUUGACAACUUGCCAAACCUUGUGCGGCUGGACCUGAGCAACAACAAAAUUCAGUAUUUAAGUGAAAGAGCUUUCCUUGAUAAUAAUACACUGCAGGUCUUGAACCUGAGUAGGUGUUUUCACAAUCAUUCCUCCACGGAUGUGGACAUAAGCUUCCUACAGAGUGGAAACCUCCACCAGCUGACAGCCUUGGACCUGUCCAACAAUGACCUUGUGAUUCUUCCAGACGACACAUUCACCAGCCUCCCCAACCUGGCCAACCUAAGCCUGCAGAACAGCUCCAUCAUCUCCAUUCAGAACGGGACGCUGAAAGUGCCUCCUCUGCGUGACCUUGACCUGAGGGACAACAGCCUGAGGUAUCUGCCCACCACCUCCCUGGCAGAGUUAAGCUUAAAGCCUGGUCUCCGCAUCCAGCUGGCUGGGAACCCCUGGCGCUGCGACUGCUUCAUCGAGGACAUGCUGUUGUGGCUGAAAAACUCCUCUCAGGUCUCUGACAGGCAGAACCUCACCUGUGCCGACCCCAAGGGCCUGAGACGCCAGCCGCUCCUGCAGGUGGAGCAGUCGCAGCUUAAGUGUUCGGGCGACAUGGAGGGCGUGCUGGAGACUUCUUAUGUUUUCCUGGGGCUGGUGCUGGCUCUGAUUGGCGUCAUAUUCCUGCUGGUGCUCUACCUGAACAGAAAAGGCAUCAAGCGGUGGAUUUACAACAUCCGGGAUGCAUGUAGGGACCACAUGGAAGGGUACCAUUACAGGUAUGAGAUAAACUCUGACCCACGCUUGGCCAACCUGAGCAUCAAUUCGGAUGUGUGAGAGAGGAUGGGACACUGUCUGGGACCCUGCAGUGAGAUAUUAAGUGACAUAUAACUGUUAAGAUUUGCAUGAAAGUCUUCCUCCCCUUCCCCACUUUCUCCUCAUGAUGCAAUUCAGAUUUGACACCUGUCAUGGCUCCUGAUUAACCUGUCUCACGACCACCAUUCAACCAUUGCUGCAUGUCCUAUAAAAGCACCUGGCAGCUGUGAUGUCAACUGUAUUUCUUCCGUGUAACAUUGCAUGGACAAUGAAUUAUGGUAAAGUUUUUUUUUUUUUUUGGAGAGCUACAAAGAGUGAUAUGUUCUAUUUUUACGUUCCCUAAAGGAUAAUACGAAUGGAGUACAUUGACUUUAAAGUGAAAGAAUACCUGGCAAAACACAUAAGCUGCUGGUCAUUGCAUCAUCAUUAUGCCUCUGCAGAGAAAUGCUAUACUGCUUGAGUUUGUUUUUUUUAAUAUGUGAAGUUGUGAUAUACAGUAUGCCUUUUUUUAAUGAUUAUGGUGCACAUUGCAUAGUUUUUGGAUUUAGUAGGUGGAUGUAAUUGCUCCUUUUUUCUGUCAAGAUAAUCAGCUAAAUAAAAUGCCUCUGGAUUGCUGGCAUCUGUCUCGAAUAAGGACCUAUUUAAUCUUCAGACUGAAGAAUGUGAUCACACAGGGGAGACGCUCCUUCCUGAGGCGGUGCCCCAGCGAGCGCUUGACAAACCCUAAAACCUUAUUCCAGUUGUCAGCGAGUUCAACAAUGUGUGAAACGUCGGCACUUUCGUCAUUUACAUCUCUACUGCAACAGUUCAGGUGCUAUUUUCUGUUAACAGGUGAGUUGCUGCGGUGGGAAAUGAAGUCAAAUUUAGAAGUAGAUUAGCGGGCGUGCUGACUGAAUUUAAAUGAUGUGUCGGGCUGUAGAUGAUGACAGUAGUCAACUUGUAUGUCCAAUUUGCUUCCUGCUGUGAAUCUGAUUAAGAUCCGUGGCUCCUCAGCAAAUUCCCCAAAAAUAAAGUCUGUGAGCUGCAGCCAGUGGGCAGGUUUCACAUCCAACAGCCCCUACCAGUAGAGUGAAACACUGAAAGCCUUUCAAUAUACUCCAGCUCCAAAAACUGUUGGGGGGGGGGGGGUGGUACAUUCUCUUUCGUGGGACAUGCUAAUCAAAAUGCAAACUGAACCUGUGAUUCUCAUGGGGCACACAGAGGUAUUAUGCAAAUGAGCUCAAGCGGCUUUACUUUUCAUGUAAGCCUGUUUAAGGGGAACUAGCAUCCUUGGAAAAAGUGUUUUCAAUUAGUGUUUCUACCUGUCAGUUGAUGUUUUUCAUGCCAUCCAGUAUAGUAGUGAUCAAUAAUGAAUGCGUGGGAGAGUAUACCAUGCAUGUUGCUGUCUAAAUUAAUGAAGAUGUUUGUUGUGUCUGCACACAGGAAUGACUGUAAGCUUUUUGAAGAACAUCUAGAUAGAUAGACAAUAAUGUCCCUCUUCCUCCAGCGCUCACUCUUUCGCACAAACACACGCCAUCUCUUAACAACUGGCCUUGCAUAGCCAGAAGCUACACGUAAUUUGUAGUGUAACAGCAUGACUCCUGCACAGACUUCCCCUCACUGCAUCUAGCAGUUGUGCGUCGUCCUAGCACGCCUUUUGUCUUUCAGUAUGAAAAACUUGAACUUAAUUCUGCAACCGCCAUAAUUCUGAUUGUCUCUGGAUGUGUCUGAUUACGCUCGCUUGACAUGAGGAAGGGAAGUGCUGUGUAACACUAUCUGUCUGGUGUGGUGUUCUGGCAGAUUUUAAUGCUCUGUGUGUCUCCUGCAGAAAAACAGAGCAGCCGCUGAACUGUCUAUGAAAGCUGAAGACGUGUCGACACACGUUUCACAUUCCCUCCUGGAAAUCUCUCUAGGAGAAGUUUGUUCAAAAACAGCAUUGCCGGUCUCAGAGAUAAGCAGGAGUGUGUAGUUGUAUGCUACAUUUUUUUUUUUUACAGGAUUAUUAUUCUCAUUGGCUCUGUGGUGUCUUUCUCAGGCUUCCGCUCUGAUGAUCAGACCUAUAUUUCUGGCUCUCUGAUAUCCUCGUAUGAUUUUGAUUUUGCAGGUUCAUUUUGAAAAUGGAAGGCCUCACGUCACAGGCACACACUGAAUUCCCCAAAGUGAGGUUUCCUUACCUCUUUGUCCCAGGAGGGGACAUACAGGUGGAGGCUACUUAUAACCUAAUGUUUCCACAGAGACCGCCGGUGAGCAGUCCUCCUCCUCCUCACACACUCUGCAGAUACAUAUUAGCAAGUGAUUUUGCCCAGCCACACCUCGAGCUACGCUUGGCAGAGCAGGUGUAAUUACAGUCAGGGGGGGGGAUAAAAAAAGAGACAAGACAAGCGAGAGAGUGAAUAGUUGAAAAGGAAGAAGAAUCAAAUAGAUGAGUGUAGAGAGUGCUUUCUGUUCUGUCAAGCACCCCCUUUGUGCUUGUUAACACUAGUCUCCAAACAGCUUCGACGUCUAAACAGCCGGCCAUUGACUUAUGGGUGUCAGUUGAGAUGCAGCUCCCUGGACUCUCUCAGCUGUCUGUUAGGGCGGAAGCAGGACUGAUGUUUGUUCUUGCCACUAAACACUGGCUUUGUUGCAGAUACUGAGUCAUGUUUUGUCUCCUCUACUUUGUUGUUUAUCUGACCUACUGAGGCACGACUAUUAUGAUUACAGACAGACACAAUGCUUUCAUUCCAUGGCUACUCUUUUGUCAGAGCAGUCCCUCACCUCGGUGUAUUGCAUUACAUCCGUGAGGUUGAUUUUUUUCUUCUUCUUUUUUUUUUUCUAUCUGUUGUUAAAGCAGAUGUUGAAUGAGUGUCAUUCACCAUUAGGACAAUGGAUAAACUGAGAGUCAUUCUUGUACUGUAAUUAAUAUUAAACUUAUGGUCAUUUGGAGCCCCUGAUAAUUAAAUAAGCAUGAAUGUGCUUUAUUGUUUUUGCUGUGGCUUUAAAGGCUUACACAAUACUCACAUGCCUAUAUUUACUGGCUGUGAAGUGAAGCCUUCUUGUGCAAUGUUUAAUAAAAAAAAUAAAAUCCUUACUUCAGCCACAGCUAGUAUGAGGCUUCAGCAGUCAGCAGAGUUAGACAAAUCAGGUGGGGAUCUUACAAAGUAUUUUUGAUGACCAAAAGUUCAUCCUUGUGUUACUAUGCCUCCCUGCAGCUCAACAAGGAAACACUGUCAAAAGAAACACUAAAAGGUACAAAAAAAAAAAAACUCUCGGAGAUCCCCACUUGAUUUUGACAACUCACAUAUCUUAAGCCUCAUUUUAGCUCCAGCCAGUUCACUGUCCAUCUCGCAGAGCAAGGCCGCAGCCAAUUAUCGAACAAUUUUUCAUGUAAUCUAUGGCUUUAACUGCACACGGGAGACUUUUGUUCCCUGUCUUUAGACUUUAAGGCGGUGCCUCCUUCGAGACAAUGGGUGUAUCAGCCUCAGGAGAAGCCCCGAACAGAAGUCUCAUCCCUGUCUGCUGUUCCAAGAGGGGUAUGAAAUAUAAAUGAGUAUAGUUAAAGCACCAACACAACCACAUAUAUGAAGCAAACGCACCAAAGUGCAUUAUUUACCUUUAAAUGGCAGGCCUAUAUAAAAAGUCCACCAGGACACCUCUAUAACACCGACUCCACCUGAACUUUGUAAAUAUUGGCAAGUGAGUAGACUACUACAUUUAGAUAGACUUGAAAAAACCUGAACCUAUCCUUUUUAAUGGUGAGAUUUAGUGAUGGAAGUCUUUCAAACAAAACAGAAUAUUUGAAACUCUUUUGGAUGAAAUUUGUCAAAUUUAAAAGUACUGAAUAGUCGCGCAUGUACAGUUGAAAAACAUGCUGGCCUUCAAAACCAACCCGAUUAUCAUUCAAACCCUGUCUCACCCAGUGGCCCUACCCUACCUCUGCACAUACAGACACUGCUCCGCACUCACAACCACAUUUGUUGAGCCACAUUUAAUAUGCCAGUGCACUUUCCUAGUGUUGAGAGACAGACUAGCAGGUUAUCAGAUUGCCGGAGUGGCGUAAUUACAUUCACCGCACCGCACUGGUCUGCUGCUCCACAAACACCUGGCAAGUGGCCCCAGCCACUGACCUUUCCCUUAGAAAAAAACCCUGGUUACAUAUAUAGCAGUUAUACAGGGCAUUCAUUGUAGACUGAAUUAUUAUUAAGAUCAUUUAACAAAGCAAUCUCUCUGACAUGCCACCGUUGCGCCUGAUCCUGUGGAUAUAGUGGGUAUGCAGUUGUUCCCUGGGCACUGACAGCCUGGACUACAUGUCAUCAACCCCUUCAUCCACCACUUUUGCAACCUCCCUCCACAUGAGAUGCCUUGGCUCCUCUAAUGUGGAUUUAUGAUGCCGUACAUGAGCGUGUUGUGGAAGCCUGGCUCCUGUAGAGCCAUGUUGGGCUUAAUGAACAAGCUCCCUCCUAAAGGAAGACGGAUCUGAGCUGACAGCGCUCCGUCCUCUCCGAGUGAGCUCGGCAGUGCAGCAUCUGCCACAUGUGCUUGAGGGACAGAUAUGGGGAAAUGCAGAGAUGGGAGAGAAUCAGGAGGCAGAUGCAGCAUCAUGGCUCAGGCUAUGAUAUCUGGUGGCUUUGCUUGCUGUACUUGUACAAAGACAACUCAAUGUGAUGUGAAAUGUCAAAAUCCAUACUAAGAAUUACCUUUUUAUGUGUAAAAUUCCUCACACUGAGGGCCAGGUAAGGUUACUUGUUUGUUUUUAAAGAAUGUUGAGUAACUGCAUGGUUGAGGGUGUAAAAUGUUAAUAACAUACUGACCUUUCCUGGGUGACCUUUACUCUUGGAAGACUUUUCAGAAAGAAAAAUGUAUGUCCUAUCAACAUAUCUUGAUUAUGAUACCAAAAUUGUCCUGUGUUCCUGGUAGAUCACAUGCUCCCGUGCGUGCUCAGUGUUGUGAGUAGGCAACUAGAAUCUUCAUAGUAAGAAAAUCUAAUGAAACCACACACCAAAAUAAACAAGGUUACAUCAGAGCGGUUCAGUAUAAUUUCAAUCUUAUGAAUCUAGAGGUCAGACUGUUAGAUAAAUCUCAAAGUCUUAAAAGUCAGUCUUCACUCAAAAUAGUAAAUAAAGUGUUACAUCUGAGUUCACAGCUAACAAUCUAUCAGGCACACAUGAAUGCUUUCAGUGUUGAUUUGUCAGCACUCAAUAGUAAAUCUGAUCAAUGGGCCAGUCUCAAAAGUGUUUCCCUUCAAUACAUUUUCUUUGAACUCAAACUUGAAACAGCCUGCUUCUUGUAUUGUCUGCAACAUGAGCGACACAAGUAGCCUUUCUACUGCAUUUUAAAACCACUAGAAACUGAUUAAUGUAUCCGACAUCUGAUGCUGGGCUCAACCAUCAAGUGCUCGCAGAAAAUGAAGUGUUUUUAGACUAAUUUGUUUCUUAAAUGAGCUGAUAUCCUGACGGGCAUCCUGUAAAGAUUGCUGGCCUUAAAAGCGGGGUAUAUAUUAUAAUCCAAUAAACGUCUUUUUGUCAAAUUCAGCGGAUAACACCUCACGAUCCGCUAGCUGUCUGUUCUGUGUGCACGCUGAAAGAAGAAGAAGAAGACAGUCCGGUGUUUGAACACAGCCCAGGCUCUGUAAACUGUAAACAAACAAAGUGGCCUGCACAACACUAUUACAGCUAUGAUUUGUGUCAGGUAAAUUUAAAUGACUUGGCCAAGGACAGCUUAGUUUGUUGUUGUUGUGAUGUUAGCUAGCAGGAGAGUUGUGAAUAUCGUUGUCUGGAGCAAGUGUGCUGGUUCUGUGACUGUCUCGUCCUCUCUGCAUGUGCAACUAUAGUGACAGUUUGCUAACCCACAAUCUAGCUAAUGUUAGUUAGUUCACUUGCUGUGUUGUUGUACGCACUAUAUUAUGGUAUUUGUCAUGGUACUGGAUUUCUCCAGAAUCCCAUAACCCACCUCUAAGUUUUUACAGCUGUUCAUGUUUGCACAAAAACAGGUAAUAUAUUCUUCCAGCUAAGUCUCUUGCCUCAGUGGUUUAUUCUAAAUAUUCAUGUAAUGUGUGUUUUUGGUCACAUUUUUUUCAAGUAAUUAUCAGAUCAGCAGACUGUCAGGAUGGGUGUCUGGUGUUAAUCAUCCUUAUAGACUGAUAAUGAAGAGUGUUAAUGAUUAAACUUCCACAGGUCCUCGGUAUUGGACCAAUUAAUGACAAUAGUGAUAACAACAAUGAGGCUGUGAGAAAGGAAGCUAAAUUUAAAACAUUCAAUUAUUAUUAUUAUUAAACUGCUACUAUAUGGAUUGGGUAGUCUGGAAACCGGGGGAAAACUGAUCUGGACCAGAUAACACCUUCACCUCUGAGCUCAUGGAAAAAUGUUACUCUACUGUCCAGUUACACUGUCUUUGUGUUCAUACUGGGUCAUAAUCAAAUCCACACAGUCCUGAGUAAACAAGUCACACAGUUGCUAUUUUGGCUCUAUUUACAAUGUCUGAUCACUAAUCACUUACCUUUAAUCACUUUUAUAUUCAAUGUGUGAAGCCAGGAUCAGUUAGCUGCAUAACCACUAUCUUAGUAAUAGGUGUAAUAUCACUGCAGCAGUUAUACAAAGAAAUGUAAAUAUAAGACUGUAGGGGAAAACACUGUGUUUAGGCUACGUAUAUAUUUACUUAAUUAUAUAAUUUGCUACUGUGACGCCCUAUGGGGUCAUGAGUGGGUGUGGCUUGUCUUGCUCUCUCGCCCUCUCUCUCCCUUCUCCUAGAGGAACAGCUGAUUGCAGUAACUCUGGGCACCUGGGCUAAUUGCCCUGUAGAGUAUUUGGGGCUGUCUUCUCAUUCUGCAAGUAGGCUGCUGUGGAGGCCAGGUCAGACCUCCCUGCGGGCCGGCUCCCUGGUUUCCCAUUUAGUUUGGUUUUCUUUGGUUGGACUAUUGCAUUGUGGUAUUUAUCUUGUUUUGCAUACUACAACACGUUCAUACAUACAUUCAUGCCACCAUCAUCCUGCACAGACACUACUGAAACCACAGACUACAUACCUCAUACUUUAAUGUUAGUUUGAAAUACUUCUUAAAUUUGGUUAACUUUGGUUUAAAUAAACAUAUUUUGUUAAACUUU